AUGUAUACCGGAAGCUGCUUCUGCAAAAACAUCAAGAUCGAGCUGAAGAAUCAGCCUUUUGCAAUUGGCAUCUGCCACUGCACCGAUUGUCGCAAGAUCUCCGGCUCAGCAUACAGUUACAACUUCAUUGUUAGCGGCUCUGACUACAAAGUCGUUGGUUCACCGGCAGAAACACUCAAAAUCGCCGACUCGGGAAACAAAGUCAAGAAUUAUUUUUGCAAGGAUUGUGGAAGCUCGUUGUAUGGAGGGGCAGUGGCGCAGAGUGGACAGAUAGAGAGAGUAGCUAUGAGAGCUGGAAUCUUUGAUGAUCUGAAGGGUAUGGAGUUUGGAAAGCCUUCGGUAGAGAUAUAUGCUGCACAGAGGUUGGACUGGGUCAAGCCUGUUGAGGGGUGCAUGCAGUUCGAUGGUAUGUUGCCCUCUUCAUGA